AUGCCUCCUCAAUCAGACACCACACUGAGAAAUCCAGAAUGCAGUCCAGAAGUUCCACCACAGCUUUUUACCUGGGAGGAGAUAGGACUUCGCUCAGGCAGGAGAAACUCCAAGAAAGAAGGAUGGCUGGUCAUCAACAGGAAAGUCUAUAACAUCAGCCAGUUCUAUCUGAAGCAUCCUGGGGGCAGUCGCAUCCUCAGCCACUAUGCAGGACAAGAUGCUACGGAUGCCUUUGCAGCUUUCCACAAGGAUGACGAUUUAGUCAAGAAAUAUUUGAGUCCACUGUAUAUUGGAGAGCUGAAGCCCGAUCAACCCAGCUGUGAGCCCCCCAAAAAUGAAAUGCUGGUCAAUGAUUUUCGUGAGCUGUACAGCACCGUGAAGAAGAUGGGACUCCUGAAGCCCAGUUAUCCAUUCUUCACCUUCAUGUUUCUGCAUGCUUUCCUGUUCGAUGUGGCAUCCUGGUUCACCAUCUGGUACUUUGGGAAAUCUUGGCUGCCCUUCCUUAUUGGAGUAGCAAUGUUCACCAUUGGGCAGAUCCAGUAUGGAUUUCUUCAACAUGAUCUUGGCCAUAUUUCAGUCUUUCAGGAGCCUAAGCGGAAUAGAUGGUUUCAUUUAUUUUUGAUGGGAAUAUUUAAGGGUGGGCCAGCAAGCCUAUGGAACCACUUACACAACCAGCACCAUGCCAAACCUAACUGCUUCCGCAAGGACCCUGAUCUCAACAUGCAUCCACUGCUGUUCAGCCUGGGGAAGACACUCUCAGUGGAGCUUGGAAAAAAGAAAAAGAAAUACAUGCCUUACCAGUACCAGCACACGUACUUUGCCCUCUUAGCCCCGCUGACAUUUCUUAUUUACAUCCAGUUGGCUAUAUUCUACUUGUCAGUUCAAAGGAAAAAAUGGAUGGAAUUUACUUUCAUUCUGACCUACAAUCUCCGCGUCUGUCUCAUGUAUGUUCCGCUAAUGGGAUUUAAGAGUUUCAUGGCAUACUUCUGCCUGGCCAGAUUCUUAGAAAGCACUUGGUUUAUUUGGAUCUCGCAGAUGAACCACAUCCCAAUGAACAUCGAUUAUGAUAAGAAUUUAGACUGGGUUUCUGCCCAGCUUGCGGCGACGUGUAAUGUCGAUCAUUCCCUGUUCAAUGACUGGUACACUGGGCACUUGAACUUCCAGAUUGAGCAUCACCUUUUCCCAACCAUGCCACGACACAAUUGCAAGAAGGUGGCUCCUAUGGUGAAAUCCCUCUGUGCCAAGCAUGGCAUUAAGUACCAGUGCAAGCCCCUCCUCACUGCCUUUGUGGAUAUAUUGCGCUCUCUGAAGACGUCAGGGGAACACUGGCUGGAAGCUUAUCGCCUGGGAUAGGUGGCAGGACCUAAGGAAGAAAUUGCCUCAUGCUGCC